UUUUCAACACUUCAAAAACUUCUCCAAAAACUGCAACUCUGUCAUCAUAAAAUUAGAACUUUCUCAUCUACUACCAAACGCUCUGAACAACUUUCUCGAGAAAAAAUAAAUUUUUUUUAUCGCCAAUGGCGGAUUCCGGCAGCGCCACAACCUCACUUGCGGGUUUGAAGCUUCUCGUUUUAGUUGGCAUUUUCAUUUUCAUCGUUGUUGUAAUUGUGGUCCUGAUCUUCCUCUGCUUUCGCGGAAGCCGAAGCUGGAAGAAGCACAAGAUGCUAGUGAAGAAGCACAGCUCCGGAACAAUCCCUUUGGUCUCCAAGGAGAUCGUGGUGGUUAAAUCCUUGGAUCUCAACCAUGCCUCUGAACAAACGCAGAUUGAGAUUGAAGAUGUUGACGUUGAUCCGAAGAAGGAGGCGGAGAUCAAGGUCGAAAUUGGAAAGAUUAGGAAGAGUGACAUGUCUGGUGGGGUUCACUGCAAUGAUUUAUCUGUGGAGGAUCCGAACAUAGGUUGGGGUCGCUGGUAUAGUCUGAAGGAAGUGGAGGUUGCAACGCGUGGAUUUGAUCAAGGGAAUGUGAUUGGGGAAGGAGGGUAUGGUGUUGUGUACAGAGGAGUUUUGCAAGAUGGUUCUGUGGUUGCUGUUAAGAAUCUUCUCAACAACAAGGGUCAAGCUGAGAAGGAGUUUAAGGUGGAGGUCGAAGCCAUUGGAAAAGUAAGGCAUAAGAAUUUGGUUGGUUUAGUAGGAUAUUGUGCGGAAGGUGCUCGAAGGAUGCUUGUUUAUGAAUAUGUUGACAACGGAAAUUUGGAGCAGUGGCUGCAUGGUGAUGUAGGACCAGUUAGCCCCUUGACAUGGGAUGUUCGGAUGAGAAUUGCCAUUGCGACUGCAAAAGGGCUAGCCUAUUUGCAUGAAGGCUUAGAACCCAAAGUUGUGCACCGAGAUAUAAAAUCUAGUAACAUUCUUUUAGACAAAAACUGGAAUGCCAAAGUGUCAGAUUUUGGACUUGCCAAGCUCCUGGGAUCUGAGAUAACCCAUGUGACUACGCGUGUAAUGGGAACAUUUGGAUAUGUUUCACCUGAGUAUGCAAGCACCGGAAUGCUUAACGAGCGCAGUGAUGUGUAUAGCUUUGGAGUUCUACUCAUGGAGAUAAUUACAGGAAGAAGCCCCAUUGAUUAUUCAAGACCACCCGGAGAGAUGAAUUUGGUUGAUUGGUUUAAGGGAAUGGUAGGAAGUCGUCGCAGUGAUGAGCUAGUUGAUCCUUUAAUUGAGAUUCAACCCUCUCCAAGAUCUCUGAAGCGAGUUCUACUGGUUUGUCUGCGCUGUAUAGAUUUGGAUGUCGUUAAGCGACCAAAGAUGGGUCAAAUUGUUCAUAUGCUGGAGACAGAUGAUUUCCCCUUUCGUUCUGAGUUACGUACAAUUAGAGACAAAGAUCCUGUGCCUUCUCAUGCAGAUGUUUCCGGUAGAGUUCCAUAUUUACAAAAGCAUGCAGAACCCAUAGAAAAAUCAAGACGGAGAUGAUUGUUUGUAAUAUUGGUUAUGCAACUUUGGUGAUCAAAUUAUUUGUUCUUAUGGUUUUCAGUAUGUUAUGAAUAAGUCAAGAGUCAUUGUUCAUAUCUUGUACACGGUGUAGUUACUCCCUUUAGGUCUCGAUACCAUUUUGUUGUAUUGCAUUAUCUUGGGAGCUGGGAAGAGACGAGGCUUGUAAAUAUGUAUGUCACUAUAUAUCAAUUUUAUCUGU